AUGCACACAAAUUACGCUAAGGCAGUAGCGAAUCACACCGGACAUACGACUAUUGAAGAGGGUGGCAUGAAACUCACCAUUGAUUUGUUCCACCACACCACACUGGCCUAUGCGGAAAAGAACUGUAAUCCACUGCCCACUAUUCGUGUACAUCAUGGCUUGCAUCUCCCCACUGAGAGAAACAAUCUGACAGUACCCAACUACACUCUCGCCAAGCAGGAGGUGGAUACGGAAACAUCUCAGCAAAGAGUGACGCGUGAUUCUGUUAGUACUCGGCGUGGUACGACCGGCGUUCCACUGGUUACAGCAACAUCAACUCCACAUAGCCUCUAUCGGCUAUCAGUAUCUGGUACCACCAUGAGAGCACUUUCAACUUUUCGAACCAUUGCUCCUGCUGGGAUUGCAACUUCAAUGAUUAGAAUACAGGCAGUUCAAAAUGUGGCGCAGUUGGAAUCAGGUUUUCCUUUACGAGCAAUCCCUGUGGCCACAGUGGGCUCAAGCUUGAACACCGUACAACGUCUGUUCGCAGAUAAGCUGGACGGUCUUACUAGGAAAUGA